AUGCGGCCCGUCACCUCGCUCCCAAUAUACGUACAGACGAGUCCAAGGCCGCCGGCGCCUCCAAGGGGACCGCUGGCGCUCGACCGGGAAGCUGCGCCACCGCAGGCCGCCCUCUACGUCGACGUAGCCGGAGGCGGCUGGAAACAGCGACCCCUUGGCGAACUUCCGGCGCCGGCCGGGACAACAGGUCUACCCGGCAGUUCGGACAGCAGGUCUACCCGGCAGUUCGGACAGCAGGUCUACCCGGCAGUUCGGACAACAGGUCUACCCGGCAGUUCGGACAGCAGGUCUACCCCGGAGUCCGGACACCAGGUCUACCCCGGAACACGGGUCUACCCCGAGAUUCGGACAACGGGUCUACCCCGCGGUUCGGACAGCAGGUCUACCCCGUAUUUCGGACAGCAGGUCUACCCCGAGAUUCGGACAACAGGUCUACCCGCCAGCAGGGACAACAGGUCUACCCCGGAGUUCGGAACCCAGGUCUACCCCGCAGUCCGGACACCAGGUCUACCCCGUAGUUCGGACACCAGGUCUACCCCGCGGUUCGGACAAGAGGUCUACCCCGGAGUUCGGACAGCAGAUUCGGACAACAGGUCUACCCGCCAGCUAGGACAAGAGGUCUACCCCAGAGUUCGGACAUCAGGUCUACCCCGGAGUUCGGACACCAGGUCUACCCCGAGAUUCGGACAAGAGGUCUACCCCGGAGUUCGGACAACAGGUCUACCCCGGAGGCCGGACAGCAGGUCUACCCCGCAGUCCGGACAGCAGGUCUACCCCGAGAUUCGGACAAGAGGUCUACCCGCCAGCAGGGACAACAGGUCUACCCCGGAGUCCGGACAGCAGGUCUACCCCGGAGGCCGGACAAGAGGUCUACCCCGCAGUCCGGACAACGGGUCUACCACGGAUCCCGGACCAAAGGUCUACCCCGGCGCCCGGACCAAAAGGUCUAAGCUGGCGCACGGGCAACGGGUCCACCCCGGCGCCCGGAGAAGAGGUCUACCCCGGCGCCCGGAGAAAAAGCCCGGCGCCCGGACAAGAGGUCUACCCCGGCGGUCGGACAACAGGUCUACCCCCGAGAUUCGGACAAGAGCUCUACCCCGGAGUUCGGACAAAAGGUCUACCCCGGCGCCCGGACAGCAGGUCUACCCCGCAGUCCGGACAGCAGGUCUACCCCGAGAUUCGGACAAGAGGUCUACCCGCCAGCAGGGACAACAGGUCUACCCCGGAGUCCGGACAGCAGGUCUACCCCGCAGUCCGGACAACGGGUCUACCACGGAUCCCGGACCAAAGGUCUACCCCGGCGCCCGGACCAAAAGGUCUAAGCUGGCGCACGGACAACAGGUCCAGCCCGGCGACCGGAGAAAAAGGUCUGCCCCGGCGCCCGGGCAAAUGGUCUUCCCCGGCGCCCGGAGAAGAGGUCUACCCCGGCGCCCGGAGGAAAAGGUCUACCCCCGCGCCCGGAGAAGAGCACUAGCCCGGGUGCCGGACGACAGGUCUACCCCGGGUCAACCUCGGGGCCGGGAACACAGGUCUGCCCCCGGCGCCCGGAACACGAGGUCUGCCCCCGGGGCCACGGGGCCACAGCAUCUCAGCGGGGCCAGCGUGCAAGGGAAGCGCGUCGGCGGCGGCCCCCGAUGCGACUCGGGCGGUCGCUUCUGGGCCGUUCCUGGGCGGCUUCUUUCACGGUCCGCAGAGCCCUUCGGCCCUCGGCAGGGGUCCGGGGGGGGGCCGCGGGGGGCUCGGCGUCGAGGUGCCCGGCGCCAGCACGGAGGCGCCGGCCCACGGCCCUCGCUCACAGAGAGAAAGAGAGAGAGGUACAGAGAGAGAGGGAGAGAGACAGGGACACGCACGCCCGCUCCACACACUCACAAUCCGACGCCACCCCCUCAGAGCACCCCCCCGCCCCCAACCCCGUCCCGCCGCUCCUGCACGCACUCUGGCGUGGCCUCUCUCCCCGUCCCUGCCCCCUGCCCCUGCCCUGUCUGUGGCAGCCGCCCGCCCAUCGACGGUUGGGGGCGCCCCGCCCUGCCCCGUCAGACUCCCCGGCGCCGCCCGCAGCCUUUACCCUCAAGUCCCCCGCCCGCUCUCUGCUCGGCCGCUUGGCACGUCUGCAGCGGCGGCAGGGCCGGGAGCCGGCCCACAUCGAGGCAGGCGGGGCCUUCGGCCGGCAGGGCCAGAGCCCGCGGCAGAGGCGGCAGCCCCUUUUCCGAGAAGCCUUCUCCUCGGCUCUCGCCCGGCCUUCCUGCUUUGACGGCCUUCCUUCCUUGGCGCUCCGGCCCGGCCCGGCCCCGUCCCAGCCCGGGGCAGGACGGCCGAAGGAAGCGAGGGACGCAGAAAGGGAGGCAGGAGCCGGGCUGCCGUGGCUUUGGGCACAAAGGAGGAGGCGGGAGCGCCGCCGGCUCCUACCGGCCGGCUCCUUCCCUCUCUAGCCCGGCACCCGGCGGCCAGAGGGUCGGUCGUGCGCGGGACAACAGGUCUACCCGGGCUCCAGAGGAACAGGUCUGCCCCGCCGGCCGGGCAGCCGGAGGCCGGGGCCGGAGGAGGACGACAGGGCCUAGCCCGGCGCAGGCACACGCGUUAAAGCCGGGGGCCGGAGGAGACGUCCGGCACCGGGACGACAGGUCUAGCCCGGGGCUUGGGUGUAACAGGUCUACCCCGGGCGGCGGCAGGACGCCGGGUCUGUACCCCGGGUGCAGGACGCCGGGUCUAGCCCGCGGCUUGGCUGCAACAGUCGUGCCGGCCUCCUCCGGCGCUCGGCCCCGCCAGGAGCACGUCCGGCGACCGGGACAGCAGGUUUGCCGCCUAGCCGAGCGGCCGGAGGACCAAGUCCGGCCCAGGUGCGCGGCUCCCUGCGAGGGCUUGGUGGAGGCAAACCAAGUCCGCUUCGGGGACCCGGUCUACCCUGCAGCUGGCCGGGAAAAAAGGGCGGGCAGGCAGGAGGGCGAGGGAUCGCGCGCGGCCGCCGCGCGCGAUCCCUCGCCCUCCUGCCUGCCCGCCGCCGCCGGGGGCGCCACGCGCGGCCGGCCCCGCCGCACGGGGGCCCGUCGCACUUUGGCAACUGGUCUACCCCCACGCCCGAAGAAGACGGCGGCCGACGGGCUUCCCCGCGCGCCCACCCGCCGGGUGCCCCACGAUCAUGCGGUACGCGACGGGGGAGAGGCGGCGCCGCAUCCGUCCGCCCCUCCGCUCCCAACCACGAGCGGCGCUCCGCACCGGGCCCGCCCCGGGGCGGGGCGGGCGGCCGGCUAUCGCGAGCCCACCGAGGCGCCGGCGGCGCUGCGGUAUCGCUACGUCUAG